CGCUUCAGUGCUUCUUUGACAGUGUGACCAGUAAGCUUGAAUAAUCAAAAUGCUGAAGCUUUUACUUCUUCUGCUGGUUGCCCAGCCUAUAUUGAGCGCCAAAGAUGAUACACAGAAGCCACCAAGCCCUUAUGGAAUUUUGCCACAGCCCCUGGACCUUGAGGAGUGUGGUACCGGUCUGCAAUCGUGCAAGGAUUUUGUGAACCAAUGCAACACUAGCAACAAUCCUACUGAAUUGGCCAAAUGCUCCUGUGGCAGAAAUGUUUGCUACAAAUUGGAGUGCAACAAGAGGACCAAAGCGAUCGUUGAUAAUACUCCACGCCUAUCAAAUGGCAGGAAGACGUCGAUUGACGGAACCUACUUGGCUGACUAUUGCUUCACCCGCGAGAAAAUCUUCAAGCACAAGAAUUAAAGCGCAAAAAGAAAGCUGCAAGUAAUCGCCCUUGUAUCGUUGAUAACAUGGGAUUAAAAAUACAUGACAUUGCGUUUGUAAAAGCGCUAUACUGUUUAACAGAUCAAAUAAUGCCUCUGUCUCAAAUGACUCUUCUUGAAAUAAAUUUUGCCAACAAUAAAAAAUGAGAGUGAAAAAUA